UGGUGAUUCCGAAUAUAUAUAUUUGCUGGAGAUGACCGCUUUUUGGAGCUCCCUCGCAAGAGGAAGUAGGAGAAAUUGAAGAGAUCAAAGAAGUUGAGGAAGAAGAUCCUAGAAAGUCUUCUGGACCUUUACCAUUACGGUAAUCCCUUUGUCUGCGUGCCCCCUGUAGGGGCAAGGCCGGGUCUGCUUCGCGUGCCUGGUAGCCUGUCUUUUACUCCCGGAUAGCUCCCAUGCCUCCUGCCGUCCCUUUCUCCUGACAGCUCCAUGCCUCUUCCACUCCUGACAACCUCUUUGCACCUACGUUACCUCCUUCCCCUUUUAUCCCCUAGUGACUUGGUGGGCUAGGCUUGGCCAUAUAUUUUUACCCCCCUUCACAAACUGCAUGUAUAGGAUCCUUCUUUUGAAACGAUUUUUAUUUUUAUUUUUUAAUGGAUCAAUCGAACUCGAAGACUCGUUCCACGAAGGAUGGAGUCAUGGAGAUCAUAUAAGUUCUCCGUUUCUCGUGCAUACGACGCCAUUUCCAUCUUUCCCGAGCAAGUGUCCCUCCUGCGAGUCUGCGACUCUGAAUUAGCAUUUACGUUCACAAUUCACACACUCAGCACAUAUUAACCCACUAAUUAUUUACUUAAAUUUAAAGAACUUGUGGGAUGCGUACCAUAAUCAACAUGCUUGACCAAAAUUAUUUACUAGGUAAACAUGUAUCUAUGGUGUGUUCCCUUUAACAUUUCUAAGCCAAUAAUUGCGAACUGAAAAAGUUUAUGGCUGUAAACAUUGCCGACAUUUUUUGGGGGGAAAAAGAAGGAUGAUUGAGCUUUUGAGAUGGGUUCUCAUCAAUCGCUUUGAAGAUUUUUGACCCGGGUUUUCAUCAAUCUCUUUCAAUACCGCUUUUUAAGCUGGCAAGGGGGGGCAACUGUCGGUGCCAAUCCUUUCGUUUGAUACAACCCUUUAGCAUUACCUUACCUUCUUACCCUUCCUCUCCCUCUCACUAUUCUUGUUUCAUUUAUGCCACUACAUGUGUCAGUCAGAGGUUCAGGUUUCCCAGCUUUCAAAAUUCGCAGUACUGCUACUGUUUCAUUUGGAAUGCCCACCCAGAACAUGGGGUGGGGCCAUGGAAGUGUACAACUUGCUAGUGGGUUACCUGAUUUCCCUGACAUUCGAUUUUCAUGCAACUGUACAAGCGUUUCUUCGAUAUAAUUUAUAUGGUUGCUGUUUUGUCGAGCAUUUCCAGUUCUUACCUAAGUUGCUUUGAUUUCAGAUUUGAUGUUGAGCUUCUGCAUGUUGAGGUCACGGUAGAAGGGUGGUGGUUUUUCGUUCAGAAAAAUGAUGAGGGGAAGAGCUGAUGAAAACCAAAAGAAGCGGUUGGUUACUUUGAUAUUAGCUUUAGUGAUCUUUUGCGGUUUUCUUUACGUGUAUUCUCGCAAAGACGGUUCCUCUGCUUUAGAAUAUGGCAGUAAAUCUUUAAAAAAAUUUGGUUCUUCUUAUUGGAGUGGGGAUGAUGAUGCUGAUGAAUCUUCCUUCAAACCUGGUGAAGAUGGAGAGGAUGCUGUCAUGCUAAAGAGCAUUCCAGUUUGUGAUGAUCGACUGUCGGAGUCGAUUCCUUGCUUAGACAGAAAUCUCAUAUACCAGACAAGGUUGAAGCUGGAUCUGCUCCUGAUGGAGCACUACGAGAGACAUUGCCCACUUCCCGAGAGACGCCAUAAUUGUUUGAUUCCUCCUCCACCAGGGUACAAGAUACCAAUCAAAUGGCCAAUAAGCAGAGAUGAGGUAUGGAAAGUAAAUAUACCUCAUACCCACCUGGCAACUGAGAAGUCUGACCAGAACUGGAUGACUGUCAAAGGUGAAAAGAUUUCCUUUCCUGGAGGUGGAACUCACUUCCAUUAUGGAGCUGAUAAGUACAUUGCAUCAAUUGCUAAUAUGCUCAACUUUCCAAAUAAUAAUUUGAACAAUAUGGGAAGCAUCCGGACAGUCCUUGAUGUUGGCUGUGGAGUUGCCAGUUUUGGAGGAUACCUGCUUUCCUCUGAUAUUAUUGCAAUGUCAUUAGCACCGAAUGACGUUCAUCAAAACCAGAUCCAGUUUGCCUUAGAGAGAGGAAUUCCUGCAUAUCUUGGUGUUUUAGGCACAAAGAGACUCCCUUGGCCAAGUAGAUCUUUUGAACUUGCGCAUUGUUCCCGCUGUAGGAUUGAUUGGAUUCAAAGGGAUGGCAUCCUUCUUCUUGAGCUGGAUAGGUUACUUAGACCAGGAGGUUAUUUUGUCUACUCAUCUCCGGAAGCCUAUGCACAGGAUGAAGAGGAUCUGAGAAUAUGGAGAGAAAUGAGUGGCCUUGUGGAACGCAUGUGCUGGAAAAUAGCUGCUAAAAGGAAUCAAACUGUUAUUUGGGUCAAGCCCCUGACUAAUGAUUGUUACAUGGAAAGAGAACCCGGGACCCAACCUCCCCUCUGCAGAUCCAAUAAUGACCCAGAUGCUGUGUGGGAUAUACAUAUGGAAGCUUGCAUCACACCUUACACCGAAUACAACCAGAGAGCAAGAGGAAGUAGUUUGGCUCCGUGGCCAGCUCGAUUAAUAACUCCACCCCCACGUCUAGCUGAUUUUGGAUAUUCUAAUGAAAUGUUCGAAAAGGACACAGAAGUUUGGCAACAAAGAGUAGAGAAUUACUGGACUCUUUUGAGCUCGAGGAUCGACUCUGACACUCUGAGGAACUUGAUGGACAUGAAGGCAAACAUCGGUUCAUUUGCGGCUGCUCUGAAGGACAAAGAUGUAUGGGUCAUGAAUGUGGUGCCAAAAGAUGGACCUAACACUCUUAAGAUAGUGUAUGAUAGAGGCUUGAUAGGCACGGUUCAUGACUGGUGUGAAGCCUUCUCAACCUACCCACGAACUUAUGAUCUACUUCAUGCUUGGACUGUCUUCUCUGAUAUUGGAAGGAAAGGCUGCAGUGUCGAGGACCUAUUGAUCGAGAUGGAUCGGAUGCUUAGACCGAAAGGUUUCGUUAUUGUCCGUGAUAAGAAAUCAGUGGUGGAGUUCAUAAAGAAGCAUCUCCAAAUGUUACACUGGGAGGCAGUGGCUACAACUGAUGCAGGCCGAGAUGCGUUGCAAGAAGAGGAUGAUACAGUUUUGAUCAUCCGAAAAAAGAUGUGGCUUACAAGUGAGAGCCUCAGGGAGUUGGAAUAGCGUGAAACAUAGUCAUGCAUGGCUACUGAGAUGACCCUAACAGUGCUUACCCACAUUAUAUUCAUAAUGUAAAUAGGGGAGAAAUUCUGGAAGAGCUUGCAUGUUCAGUCAUCUCUCCAUUUUCUUAGUCAUCUUUCGAUCGGACUAAAACAUUAUAUUUUACUUGUGAACCUAUCAUCUAAUGCAACAUCAUAAAAUGUUAAGAAAA